AUGGUUUUCCACAUUGAUUGUGGCAUAGAGAUGAGGAUGAGGAAGGAAGCUUGGACGGUGAUCACUUUGGUGGCAUGGACUAUUUGGAAGCACAGAAACGACGUCGUCUUCAACGGCGCAUUGCCUUUUGUCGACAUGGUGCUCGAGCGGAUCAACGCGGAAGGAGAGAACUGGAGGGCUGCGUCACUAUUACGGCAGCCGGGAUCGCUCCCGAUUAGGCGGCCAGCCACAGCGGACGCCCUCGUCUCUCCCAGGAGUGCCACAACGUCGCCGACGCGGCAGGGCACGACCUGGACGCUCGGGUUCGGGCUAUCCCCGCUCCUCGACGGCUCCACCUCCGCCACCACGGGAGGGCGACUCGACCUGGGUGAUGAAGGUGGCGAGGGCCACGACGAGGAGGACGUCAAUGCCGUGGGCCUCGCGGGAGCAAGAUCCACGCUCGGCCUUGUCCCCGUCGAGUUCCCGUCGUCCGUGGCACAGGAUCUACUCGCGGCCAACCAUAACGGACACUGCUGUCUGCCUGUCUCUCCACGGAGUGCCACACCGUUGCCGACGCGGUGGGGCACGACUGCACGGCCGGGCGCUCGGGCUCCGCCCCUUCCUCGGCACACCCGCCCGCUUCCUCGUGGGCUCCAUCUCAGGCGCGACUGGUCUCCGAGGCAGAGUCGUGGUCGGCGCGCUCGACAUGGGAGAUGGAGACGGCGAGGGCGAGGAGGACGUCAUGGAGGAGCUCAGGCUUCAGGAUGCUCAUCGACAUAUACAGGCCGUUCUCCACUUGAUUUAUGUCAGGAGUCGAAUCAAAACUGUGGUUCACUGUUCACAUUGGGUCUUCUAUCUGCUGGUAAAAGAACUCAGAGCAUGCUCGACGCGAUCGGACACAUCGAUCCGACGGCGCCGGUGUACCAUUGGAAAAUCAAUAGGUGUAAUGCUGUAUUGCGGGAAGUCGUGGGAGAAAAUCUUUACAAGGAAGUGAUCGUCGCAUCGCCAAGGGAGGACGAAGGCGAUUUUGGCUGCAUCGUCAUCUGUGGGAAUGAAGUUCUUCACGGAGUUGCCAACUUCAUGGAUUAGUGCAGAGUUCUGUGUUCUGCAAGUGUUGUUGACUCAACACCUCUUGAGUCAAGACUGGUUCAGAGAAAUUGGUAACUGAUUAGUUCACUAGCUUUCUUCACACCAUAGUCAUCAACGACUGCAACUACAAUGCUAUGAAGACAGAUGUACAAGAGCUGCUCAGCCGCACAAGAGUUGAGCAAAAACAGAAGAAUUAGAAAUAGAGACAUGGCAAAAAGCAAACCUUCAGCAAGUGAAGUAAGGCAAACAAGGAUCUCCAAAAAAGUUUUUCUCCAGUUUCUUGAUAUUUUGCUAAUCCGUUAAGAGUCAAGAUGUGCAUCCAGCAACAACUUCAACAUUGUCUACACAGGGAACAGAUCACCAAGAACAAAAGCAGAAGAAAUAGCUUCAUCUCUCUAUCACUACAUCACAGAGACAAACCAAGCUGGAGGAUCAACAUCUCUGGUCUAAGAAAAGAACCAAACCUUUGCAAUUCGGUAUCCAGUAGCCAUUAUCACCACCUACCAUUGAUCACAUGCACAUACCAACUAGAUGUAUUCUUUCUUUGUAUGAACUACUUUGCAAUGAAUUAAGUCAUGGACUGACUUACCAAACAUUGCAAAAAGCCAAAUAGCUUAUCGAUUCAUGUGGCGCGGCGUGCCGCCGCGCACUACACGCUAGUUUUUUCGACCACUACAACAAAUUGUAACAUGGAGGAGGGACUUCAAGCCAUGGUGAUGUACGUGAGAUAAUAGCAUGCUUGUUCGCUUGGGACAAUGAGGAAGUGACAAAUGCAU